AUGCCAUCUUCGAAAAGACCAGCUUGUCAAGUAUGCAACAAUCAUGAAUCAAAGUACACUUGCUCAAAAUGCAUGACACAAUACUGUUCCGUACCGUGUUUUAAGCAACAUAAAGACUUCAAGCCGCCAUCCCCACCGCUGCGGCCACUGACGUCGCUGACGUGGCCAUACAUCCCGGAGGAAUCUGCAUACCCGGACCCGCUUAAGCGAGACGACCCGAAGCCGCUGCAGCUGCACCAAUACGAGGCGAUCGCCACCUCGUCCCCCGUGCGCAAAGCGUUCUCGGUGAACCCUCGGCUGAAGGAGAUUCUGCGCAUGAUUGACAGCUUGCGUGGUGCGGAGCGCGAGGAUGCGUUGCAGCAUGCACUCGGUGUUUCUUCGAGUGACGUACAUGGCCCGGCACCAAUCACGCUGACGGCCCACGGCGCUCAGUCCGAGGAGGAUGUCAGGGCGUUGCGUGAUCUCGCUGAAGCUGUCGAGGUAGCUGUGCGCGGGGGCAAGCAGGGCGCUUUGGGCCUUGAUUGGGGUGGUUAG